GAAAACCGCAGUGCAGAGGACGUGAAGGAGUUCAGUAGAAAGCUACUGCUAAAUUACUGCGUUUGACACCAGUUUGAGAACCUUUUGGAAGAAAUCAUAUGAUGUAAAAAUAGGACCAUUUGGUUCUGUGACUGUAUCGUGCUGAACGCCGCUUCGUAUCACAUGUCGGGAAAAAAAUCCAUAUCUCAUGCAGUACACAGUGAAAUGAGACAACGUUUCUCCAGGACCAUGGUGCUACAUAAACAAAGACAUAGCUAAUGACAAACAGCAUUAUAUGGUCAGAAACAGAUGUCUGAAAGACCCUAACCACUUCACAGAUGCUGUGCAGGAUGAGCUAUAGUUUCUCAAUUUGCAAAUGGAAGGUACACCAAGACCUUUCCCAUCUUUCGAGGAUUCUGAGUGUGAAAAGAUAGUUGAAGAAAUCAGGAUGAGAUCUUCAGAGAACAUGCAGUCCUUCCUUGAGGACAUGGAGAAGUCUGACAUUUUCCUGGAGUUGCAUUUAGAGGCCCUGAAAGCUUCACACCGACAACAACUUCAACGGAUAAAGCUGCAGCACCAGGCUGGUCUCGAGAGCCGGACUCUGCAGAACUCACUGCUUUCUUCAAUCUCUGACGCUCCACUGAAGGCCAACAAACAAAAAGGAAAUCUUCAUAAUGUUGAAGGCAACACCAAAAGCAAAAUAAGUACUAACUGGUUAAAUGGACCAAAGAGAUCCUCCUCCACACCUGACCUGAGCUAUAAGGUGAGCAGGAACGAGCCUGUUAACUCUUCUGGAACCUUGAGAUCUACCGUGAGCCAUUCACAAAAACAGAUAUGUGCCAAAGAGCCCAAACAAGUUGCAGCUGACAAAGAGGAACUGGACUGGGCUGAGUGUCAGAAACAGUUUCGAGUAUCACCUGUACCAGAACACAUGUCCAAGAGCCUUUAUGACGAUAUUGUAAAGGAGCAGGAGCGUGUGAGGCAGGAGGGACGGCAGCAGAGGAAAGACUUCCUUUUAUCCAUUCAGAAACCUUUUAGGUUUCAUCAGAGAGAAGAGAGGACAAGGGAAAGGACAAAGCUAGAAAAUGGUGCUGACAAACUGAGGGAAAACAAAAAGGAUGAUAAAAAGAAGAGUUUCAAACCUAAAGCUGUCACAGACCCAGCAAUCUCUGAACAGUUGAAAGAAAAGGAGCAAGAGAGGAAGAUUCGCAUCCAGGCCAGAGCUCAGGAAACUCUCAGAGCGUCCUCUGCCCCUAUCCAGAGCCUGAGUAGUAGGGCUGAGCAUUGGGCCUGUAGCUCCCAGAGAACCAAGAGCAAAGUGCAGGGCUUCAUAGAGCAGAGUCCAUCUUUUCGACCAAAGAUAAAUGCUAAGGUGCCAGAUUUUGAUAAGUUGCACAAGGCCUUCCAGAAAGAGGCAUUGGAGAGAACAGAAACAAGAGAGAUCACCCUGUGCCAGCCAUUCCAGCUCCGAACAUCAGCUCUUCAGCCACGUCACAGCAGGGGCAGCGGAGACAAAAUACAAAAAUAUUCUGAUAUGAACAUUUUGAAGAGGAGCAAUUCAUUUAGUGGCUUGACAUCAUUAUCCAGAGAUUUUCUUCCCACUUACAUGAAUGAUGCUGCAAGGAAAAGGUCUAUGGCCAUAAGAAAGUCUCAGGAGCGGAGAGAGAUUAAUGAGCAAAAUGAGUGGAUGAAACAAUACAGAAUGAACUCUGACUCCAUGAGCAGAGGAAUUGUAGCACGUGCCAAAGUCAUGGACCCCCACAAGAGUCUGAAAGAGGUCUUUCAGGAGAAACUCAAACAGCACAGAAAAUCUGAUCAAGAAAGGGUAAAAGAUUAUAAAAAAGAACUGAGGGAAAUGAAAGCUCGGGUCUCAGCACGUCCUUACCUCUUUGAACAGGUGUCACAGAGAAAUGCUAAGAGCGAUGCCGAGCGCAGAUACAGAAGCACUCUAGAGCAGGAAGGCCUGGAUGAAAAUUUUGUGAGAUCCACAGGAGGAAAUGAUGAAAGCCAGACAUCAGAAAACACAGAUGCUGAUGGGAUCAGUGAUACUGGAGAUCACAGCUCUGAAACUGACACUCAGCAAAGGGAAGGAAGCAGCAACGACAGCAUCCGAAGUGAGGAUGAAACAGAAGAGGAGAGCGUGAAACCCAAAGGGAAAGGAGUCAGCUGACAGUGAGAGAGCAGUUGGCAUUCGGCUAACACAGCGUGUCGUGAUCAGAUACAAGAACACUGGCAUUUUUAUAAAAUCAGUUCAGCAUUUGAGUCUUGUUGAAAAUGUGGUAAGCCAUGUAGAUCUAAGAUAUAUAUAUAUUUUUUUCAUGGCUUGUGUUUAAAUGUUUACAUGACAUGUAAGCCAUGUCAACUUGGUAAGUGACCUUUUAAGGAUAAUUAUGAUUCGACUUCAACAAGAUGGGUUCUGGCUGUGCAACCUGCUUAUUAAGAUAAAAAUGUCAAAGGCAGUUUGGGAUCUACAUUUAUUGGUGGAUACCGAGAGACACUUGCGAGCAAAGAAAGCAAUCUUCACAAAAAUAAAUAAAAGAAAUGUUUUCUUCUUAGUAUUUAGUUAGUUUAGUUUUAGUCUUUUGCUUAUUGCAUUUGCUUGUCUUUUGCAUAUUAUCAGAGUGAUGGAUCUGGAAGGUUUUUACAGUGGAAUAUUAACAAAUAGCAAAUAAGGGAAAGUUUACUCGGGGAUUCUGCAAUCAUAUUUUCAUUCCUAAUACUAACAGCUGCAGAAGAUGAUGAUGAACAACUGUACCAUACUACUUCUGUACUUUAGUUAUUAGCUAUAAAUAUCACAGACAAAAGCUUUCUUCUCUGAGCUCAAUUUCAGUAAGAACUAUACAAAAAUAGUUUAAGUAACUAUACAAAAAUAUGACAAAGUUCCCUUUAGGUCAAGGCACAUCUGAAAUUCGCAUUGCUGAGAUGUAAAUCUUGGGGAUGAGGUCUGGCUAUUUUGAGAACCACAACACCACUAAAGUCAACUUUGGUUAUUUAUCUAUCACAGUAAAAGAAACCCUCAUGUCACUGUGUUGACCAGGCUGCCUGCCACAUCAAGAGCUUAUACGCUGUGCAGAUUUACAGUGAAAACUCCCUCGAACCUAUUUCUGAAUGGCUUGGUGAUAUAUGUUUCAUAAAUUAAAAGCAUAAAAGUUCCAGCCCAUUUUGUUGCAUUCAAUAAAUCUGCUCUCGCUGUUUAAAUGAACUUUCAAUGCAAUAUAAUAAAUCCCACCUUGCUCCCUG